GGCGAGGACGCCUCCGAGGGUGGCGCGGAGGAAGGGGGCACCGGGGGCAGCGCGGGCAGCGGGGAAGGUCCGGUGAUAACGGCUCUCACGCCCAUGACGAUCCCGGACGUGUUCCCGCACCUGCCGCUCAUCGCCAUUACCCGCAACCCGGUGUUCCCGCGUUUUAUCAAGAUUAUUGAGGUUAAAAAUAAGAAGUUGGUUGAGCUGCUAAGAAGGAAAGUCCGUCUUGCCCAGCCUUAUGUCGGCGUCUUUCUAAAGAGGGAUGACAACAACGAGUCCGAUGUGGUCGAGAGCCUGGAUGAGAUCUACCACACGGGGACGUUUGCCCAAAUCCACGAGAUGCAGGACCUAGGGGACAAGUUGCGCAUGAUCAUCAUGGGACACAGAAGGGUUCACAUCAACAGACAGCUAGAGGUGGAGCCAGAGGAGCCAGAAACUGAGAAUAAAGAGAAGGCACGGAGGAAGCCGAAGCGGGGCAAGAAGGAGGCGGAGGACGAACUGCGUGCCAGACGCCAGAUGGAGAUGGUGAUGGAGCCCGCCGCAGCCCCCACCCAGGUGCUCAUGGUGGAAGUGGAGAACGUUGUCCACGAAGACUUCCAGGUCACAGAGGAGGUGAAAGCCCUGACCGCCGAGAUCGUGAAAACCAUCCGGGACAUCAUCGCCCUGAACCCUCUCUACAGAGAGUCGGUGCUGCAGAUGAUGCAGGCUGGCCAGAGGGUGGUGGAUAACCCCAUCUACCUGAGUGACAUGGGCGCCGCCCUGACCGGAGCCGAGUCCCACGAGCUGCAGGACGUCCUGGAGGAGACCAGUAUCCCCAAGCGACUGUAUAAGUCCUUGUCCCUCCUGAAGAAGGAGUUUGAGCUGAGCAAGCUGCAGCAGCGCCUGGGGCGGGAGGUGGAGGAGAAAAUCAAACAGACCCACCGCAAGUACCUCCUGCAAGAGCAGCUGAAGAUCAUCAAGAAGGAGCUGGGCCUGGAGAAGGAGGAUAAGGACGCCAUCGAGGAGAAGUUCCGGGAGCGGCUGAAGGAGCUGGUGGUCCCCAAGCACGUCAUGGAGGUCGUUGACGAGGAGCUGAGCAAGCUGGGCCUGCUGGACAACCACUCCUCAGAGUUCAACGUCACCCGCAAUUACCUGGACUGGCUCACAUCCAUCCCCUGGGGCAAGUACAGUGAUGAGAACCUGGACCUGGCCCGGGCCCGGGCGGUGCUGGAGGAGGACCACUAUGGUAUGGAGGACGUCAAGAAGCGCAUCCUGGAGUUCAUCGCUGUGAGCCAGCUCCGCGGCUCCACCCAGGGCAAGAUCCUCUGCUUCUAUGGGCCCCCUGGCGUGGGCAAAACCAGCAUCGCCCGCUCCAUCGCCCGUGCCCUGAACCGCGAGUACUUCCGCUUCAGCGUCGGAGGCAUGACUGACGUGGCCGAGAUCAAAGGGCACAGGUAG